AUGUCGGAAAAGAAGACAAGAGGUCGUCAAAAGAUCCCGAUCAGACUGAUCGAGAACAAAGACGACCUCUUGGUUUCCUUCUCGAAACGGCGCGUGGGCGUGUACAAGAAGGCGAGCGAGCUGAGCACGCUGUGCGGCGUGGACGUGGGCGCCAUCAUCUUCUCUCCGUCGGGCAUCCCUCACUCGUUCUUCACCCCGGACUUGGACUCCGUCGUCCACGGGCGCCGCGAGGGAAACGGCCCGCAGACGAGGAUCCACGAGAUCAACAGGCGGCUGGAUGGGGUGGUGGAGCAGCUGGAGCGGGAGGAGAGGAGGGAGAAGCAUCUCGGCGGCGGCGGCGAGAUGGGGUGGUGGGAGUUUCCGAUGGAGAGCUUGGAUGCGGAGCAGGUGAAGGAGCAGAUCGAGUGGUUCCGGACGUUCAGGGCGCAGGUUAAAGGGCGGAUUGAAGAGCUCAAGAAUGGCGGCGCAAGCUCUGCGGCGGCGGGAGAUGGUGGUGGUGGUGUUAUAGGUGGAGAGAGUUUCUUUGCUGCGCCGGUGUCUGAUGAUGCGUAUGGUUUUGCUCCGGCGUUUGAUGGGGGGAGGUACGGUUUGGAUUUGUUUGGUGGUGGGAUGGGGAAUGAGUAUUUUCCGGGGUCGUCGGAUGUCGGCGGUGAUGGUCAUGGUCAUGGAUAUGGUUAUCUUCCUGGAGGAUAUGGAGAGGCUGGACCUUCCAAAUAG